AUGUUCAUGAAAGGCCGCCAUGAGACACCAGACUUCCGUCCCAAAAUCCAACGAGGCAGGGAACUAAAGGAUGUGCCAGAGUUUCAGAAAGCAUACAAGUACAUGAGCUUGGGGCUCCAAAAAUCUGGCUUCUUGCAGAAGGUACUUGCCGCGGAACCUGAAGCUGGGGGCGCAUCAGCUUUGGUACAACUGAACAACGGGCACGUAUCAUUCAUCUCUCAGAUGGCCCAAACUGCCUUCAGGAGCGAUGUGUACCUCAAUCGAGCGGCACUUGGAGCGAUCGGCAGAUCUGAAUGCUUGAAUGGUCCAGGGCUCGCAUUAUCGAACGGUAUUGAUUCGUCUGCAUCUUAUCUGAAGACAGAUCUAAGAUAUCUCCAGGUCAUCAACGAGGAUAUCCAAGUCACUAUGCUUCUUGCAAAGAAUGGAUGGCGCCGACUAUACUCUGAAUACUCAGCCAUACAGACCGCUGGAUCCACGGAUUUCAGGGGUUGGAUAGCCCAAGGAACCCUAUACACUGCGUACAUGUGUAGGACCGCUGUUUACGACUCUUUGGUCUUUCUGUGGACUGGAUACUAUGCACUUACAGGAAGAAAGUUGAUCGACGUUUGCGCACUCGAUAUCAUAGCGCUCGAAAUUAUCCCUCCAUGCUACAACUAUCUCAGGUCAUGGAGACCGCUGCCAACGGUCUCUUGGACCACAGUAUUUCAUUUGUGUUACCGCGUCAUCGGUCCCGGAUACCGUGUAUACACCCUUUUGACGCCCCUGAAGGAUGACUGGGCUCUUUCAUCAACUCAUCCAGAUCGAAGGAUGUCUAAGUUGCAAUCCGAACCGGAGUUGGCUUUUGUAUAUCUGUGGUCGAAGCAAGAGGUCAUGGAGUACGGAGAGGAACGAGUCACUGUUUAA